UGGUACCCAGCGGGCUAGUAGCGGCGGCCGCAGACGCAAUGGGGACAGCGUCGUCGCUGGUAAGCCCGGCGGGCGGGGAGGUGAUCGAGGACACCUACGGCGCGGGCGGCGGCGAGGCAUGCGAGAUCCCGGUGGAGGUGAAACCCAAGGCUCGCCUGCUGCGCAACUCGUUCCGCCGUGGCGCGGGGGCAGCGGCGGCGGGGGCCGGGCCCGGGUCGCUGCCCCGCGGGGCGGGCGGCGGCGGGCUGCUGGGGGCCAGUUUCAAGUCCACCGGCUCGUCGGUGCCGGAGUUGGAGUACGCGGCGGCCGAGUAUGAGCGGCUCAAGAAGGAGUACGAGAUCUUCCGGGUCAGCAAGAACCAAGAGUUGUUGUCCAUGGGCCGUCGCGAGGCCAAGCUGGACACGGAGAACAAGCGGCUGCGGGCCGAACUGCAGGUAUCGCCGGGCCCGGGCGCUCACCAGGGGUGGCCGCGACAUAUUAAAGAAGAAGGUUGCUUUUCUAUGAGCAAAGUUCAGAGACUUUUUGCCAUCGCUGCUGGAACCCAAUGUGAAUAUUGGACUGGCGGGGCCUUGGGAAGUGAGCCUUCCAUAGGGAGUAUGAUCCAGCUUCAGCAGUCCUUCAGGGGCCCUGAGUUUGCCCAUAGUUCUAUAGAUGUGGAAGGACCCUUUGCAAACGUCAACAGAGAUGACUGGGAUAUUGCUGUAGCUAGUUUAUUACAAGUCACUCCCUUGUUUUCACAUUCUCUUUGGAGUAACACUGUCAGAUGUUACCUCAUUUAUACCGAUGAAACUGAGCCUGAAAUGGAUCUUUUCCUUAAGGACUAUGCACCUAAACUUAAAAGAAUGUGUGAGACAAUGGGCUAUUUUUUCCAUGCUGUUUAUUUUCCAAUAGAUGUUGAAAAUCAAUACCUCACUGUAAGAAAAUGGGAAAUUGAGAAGAGUUCUUUAGUUAUUUUAUUCAUUCACUUAACUUUACCAAGCCUUUUGUUGGAAGACUGUGAAGAAGCUUUUCUGAGGAACGCUGAAGGAAAACCACGAUUAAUCUAUCAUCGUUUGGAGGAUGGAAAAGUCAGUUCCAACUCUGUCCAGCAUUUGAUUGAUCAAGUUUCUGACCUAAACAAGACCAACAAAGCCAAGAUUAUCGAUCACUCAGGAGAUCCUGCAGAAGGAGUAUAUAAAACUUAUAUUUGUGUGGAAAAGAUUAUUAAACAGGAUAUAUUGGGCUUUGAGAACAUAGACCUGGAGACUAAGGAUUUGGGCAGGGAAGAUUCCAUUCCAGAAGAUGAUUUUGGUGACGUUCUAUGGGACAUACAUGAUGAACAAGAGCAAAUGGAAACUUUUCAGCAGGCAUCUAAUUCAGACCAUGAGUUGGGAUUCGAGAAAUAUUACCAACGCCUUAAUGAUCUAGUGGCGGCACCAGCGCCAAUUCCACCCCUUCUGGUGUCUGGAGGACCAGGUUCUGGAAAGUCCCUUCUUUUAUCAAAGUGGAUUCAGUUACAACAGAAGAAUUCCCCUAACACACUGAUUCUUUCUCAUUUUGUGGGGAGGCCCAUGUCAACCAGCUCAGAGUCUUCCUUGAUUAUUAAACGACUAAGUCUAAAGUUGAUGCAGCACUCUUGGUCAGUGUCUGCUCUGACGUUGGAUCCUGCUAAACUUCUGGAAGAAUUUCCACGUUGGCUAGAAAAACUCUCUGCUCGUCAUCAAGGCAGCAUCAUCAUCAUUAUUGAUUCUAUAGAUCAAGUUCAGCAAGUUGAAAAACACAUGAAAUGGCUGAUAGAUCCCCUGCCAGUGAAUGUAAGAGUAAUUGUUUCUGUGAAUGUAGAAACAUGCCCUCCAGCAUGGAGGUUGUGGCCUACACUUCAUCUUGAUCCUUUAAAUCCAAAAGAUGCAAAAUCUAUUAUAAUUGCAGAAUGCCAGUCUGUAGACAUUAAGUUGAAUAAAGAGCAGGAGAAGAAGCUAGAACGACACUGUCGUUCUGCUACAACCUGCAACGCCCUUUAUGUCACCCUUUUCGGCAAAAUGAUUGCACGUGCUGGGAGAGCAGGCAGUUUAGAUAAAAUCCUUCAUCAGUGUUUCCAGUGUCAAGAUACUGUUUCAUUAUACAGACUGGUUCUGCGCUCUAUCCAGGAGUCCAUGGCAAAUGAUGUGGAUAAGGAACUAAUGAAACAGAUUCUCUGCCUCAUCAAUGUUAGUCACAAUGGCUUGAGCGAAUCAGAAUUGAUGGAACUCUAUCCUGAGAUGUCCUGGGCUGUCUUGACCUCUCUUAUUCACAGUUUACAUAAAAUGUGUUUGUUGACUUAUGGCUGUGGCUUGCUCAGGUUUCAACAUCUGCAGGCUUGGGAAGCAGUGAGAUUGGAGUACAUGGAAUGUCCCACCAUAAUUUCUUCAUACAAGCAAAAGCUAAUCAACUAUUUCACCUUGCAGCUAAGUCAGGACAGAGUGACUUGGAGAAGUGCAGAUGAGCUCCCUUGGCUUUUUCAGCAGCAGGGAAGUAAACAGAAGUUGCAUGAUUGCCUUCUCAAUCUCUUCGUGUCUCAAAACCUUUAUAAAAGAGGACACUUUGCUGAGUUGCUGAGUUAUUGGCAGUUUGUGGGCAAAGACAAAAGCGCGAUGGCAACAGAAUACUUUGAUUCAUUGAAGCAGUAUGAGAAAAACUGUGAAGGCGAAGAGAACAUGAUUUGCUUAGCUGAUCUUUAUGAAACCCUGGGGCGAUUUCUCAAGGAUCUAGGCCUUCUCAGUCAGGCUGUGGUGCCUCUGCAGAGGUCUCUAGAAAUUCGAGAAACAGCUUUAGAUCCAGAUCACCCAAGAGUAGCCCAGUCCCUCCACCAGCUAGCAAGUGUGUAUGUGCAGUGGAAGAAGUUUGGCAAUGCAGAACAACUGUAUAAACAGGCAUUGGAAAUCUCAGAAAAUGCUUAUGGUGCAGACCAUCCACACACUGCUCGUGAACUUGAGGCACUUGCAACUUUGUACCAGAAACAAAAUAAAUAUGAACAAGCUGAACAUUUUAGGAAAAAAUCCUUAAAAAUUCGUCAGAAAGCUACAAGGAGAAAAGGCAACUUGUAUGGAUUUGCCCUUUUACGUAGACGGGCCCUACAGUUAGAAGAGCUUACAUUAGGUAAGGACACGCCUGAUAAUGCUCGGACCCUCAAUGAACUGGGCGUUCUCUACUAUCUUCAGAAUAACCUGGACAUAUUACGGGGGUACAAAUGUUUAGGUUACGGGAAACUUGACAAAGCUGUACCUUUGUAUGAAUUGGCUGUUGAAAUACGACAGAAAUCCUUUGGCCCAAAGCACCCUAGUGUAGCUACUGCCUUGGUGAACUUAGCUGUUCUUUAUAGCCAAAUGAAAAAACAUGUUGAAGCCUUGCCAUUAUAUGAAAGAGCAUUAAAGAUUUAUGAAGACAGCCUGGGUAGGAUGCAUCCUCGAGUUGGAGAAACAUUAAAAAAUUUAGCUGUGCUUAGUUAUGAAGAAGGUGAUUUUGAAAAAGCUGCUGAACUCUACAAAAGGGCAAUGGAAAUAAAAGAAGCAGAAACAUCACUCUUGGGUGGAAAAGCUCCUUCACGACAUUCAUCAAGUGGAGGAGACACAUUUAGCUUAAAAACGCAUUCUCCUAAUGUUUUCCUUCAACAAGGACAAAGGUAGUAGCCGAUGCAAUUCUUUGCCAUUGUACUUUAAAACA